CUUGAUCAGACCUAAUCCCUCAAAGUUUCUUUCUUUUGUCCAUUCGCGCCGCUUCCCUCGUCCUCCUCACAGCACGACCUCUGGGUUUAGGGUUUUAGGGUAAAGGGAAAAUUUGAUUCAAAAUCAGAUUUUAGUUUUCACUUUCAACCCUCGUUCUCUCGACUUUCGCUCCGCCUACUCUCACCUCGUUCGAGCUCCCUACCUCAGUUCUCUGUCUCACUCACAUCCUUCCCUCUCACUGCCUCUGGCUUUACAUAAAAGCUAAGCAGGCCUCAGAAACCUCCGUCCUAAAGCCUUCCUCAAGUCCCGGACAAAGAUGAGACCUUUAGAUGAGACUGAGACCACGGCAGUGUUCGAAAAGCUUUUCAAGUUCACAGGCAACAACCUAAAAAACAUAGUCGAGAACCCUUCUCAUGAAGGCCCAGACCCGGAUUCAGGCCGUUAUUGCUUUCGCCUCCACAAGAACAAGGUCUACUAUGUUAGCGAAUCACUAGUAAAGCGUGCUACAAAUAUAGCUCGGACUCAGUUAGUCUCUCUGGGCACUUGUAUCGGUAGGUUUACUCAUGGUGGUAGUUUCCACUUAACAGUUCAGUGCUUGAGUUUAGUGGCCUCAAAUGCUAAACAUAAGGUCUGGCUCAAACCUACCUCUGAGAUGUCGUUCUUGUACGGAAACCAUGUCUUGAAAGGUGGUUUGGGGAGGAUUACAGAGAAUAUUGUGCCAGGUGAUGGUGUGGUGGUGUUUUCGAUGUCAGAUGUUCCCUUGGGUUUCGGGAUUGCGGCCAAGUCUACUCAGGAUUGUAGGAAGUUGGAUCCCAAUGGAAUUGUGGUGCUUCACCAGACAGAUAUUGGAGAGUACUUGAGGAUGGAGGAUGAUCUUUGAAUAAUUGGACGUGAUUUGGGUGGUUUUGAUAGAUAUUUGUGUGGGUUAUGUAAGGCGGAUCUAUUUGCUUUUGAUCAAUCUGAGCUUUUAAGUCUUUUGGGAUGUGGAUGAUUUUCCUAAAUAUUAUUUCCAUUAGUGCUUGUGACUUUUGGUAUUAACUCUUGAUUAUCUGGAACUUCUUCCAUCUGGUUUUUAUUUUUGAUUUUGAUUUUUGAUUUAUUUUUUGUACAA